AUGGAUAUGAGAGAGAUUACUGACUUCUCUCAUAGUAAGAUUAUUGCUAAUGACACCUGUAUUACUACUACUACUACUACUACUACUACUACUACUACUACUACUACUACUACUACUACUACUACUACUACUACUACUACUACUACUACUACUACUACUACUACUACUACUACUACUACUACUACUACUACUACUACUACUACUACUACUACUACUACUACUACUACUACUACUACUACUACUACUACUACUACUACUACUACUACUACUACUACUACUACUACUACUACUACUACUACUACUACUACUACUACUACUACUACUACUACUACUACUACUACUACUACUACUACUACUACUACUACUACUACUACUACUACUACUACUACUACUACUACUACUACUACUACUACUACUACUACUACUACUACUACUACUACUACUACUACUACUACUACUACUACUGUUUUGCCCUAUGACUCAGGCAUUUAA